AUGAGCGGUACUUGCCAGCAUCGUUGGUCAAAAUGUGCACAAAACUUUGGUGCGUGCCAAACUGAGGCCGCCGAAAAGUGCGUCGCGCUUCCCUUGACUGCCACCAUCGGCAAGAAAGGUGACGAAUGCAUCGCUGCUCGCCCCCUUGUGACGGAAGCGAUACGUGUAGCCGAGGAGAAGUGUGCGGAGGAUACUCGUAAGUUGGAGGAGGAACAGUGGAGAGUCAAGGAGGAGGAAGAGAACGCUCGGAAGGCUGCGGAGAAGGAGGAACUGGCGAGGAAAACUGCGGAGGCCACUGCGCUGGCCCGCAAGAUUGCUGAAGCCGGGAAGAAGACUGGUGACACCGAUGGAGAUGGUGAGCAGGACGGUGGAGAUGGGGAAGGCGAUGGUGAGUCUUCGGAAGCCCCGGAGAAGACCAAUGACACUAUCAUUGUCCAGCGGAAGACCGGUCGCAUGACUGCUGGCCCCGCGCCGGUUAUGCGCCACAGCGUACCGUGCACGCGCACUGCUCUGCCUAAAGGCAAGAAGGCCAAGGCCGCUGCCACUGCUGCAGCGCCAGCUCCUGCCACAGGUACUUCACAGACUUCCGGAAGGAAGGCUACGUCGGACCGUGCGACAGUUGUUUCGGAAGAUGAAGACGCCCCCCCUCGCACUUGUCCGGGUCCCAGAAAAGGAAAGAGGAAGGCGGCGGAUAUCGAAGAAGAAGAAGAGGAGGAUCUUGAUGAGAUUGACGACGCGUUAGAGCGGGAGUUCGCUAUCUGGGGUGCGAAGUAUUACCAGGCGGAAGGAAUCAUGCGGGAGUUGAAGUUAGAGAUGGACCGGGUCGGUUCCCUCAUCGCUAAGAGGCGCCGGAUCCGCAAGUAG